AUGCAGACUGCUUCUACAAACAUUUGUGAAAGACUGUGCAAUAAGUCCAUCUGUGACAUUUCCUUGCUACUAAAUAUUCCACGGUCAACUGUUAGUAGUAUUAUAACAAAGUGGAAGCAACUGGGAACAACAGAAACUCAACCAUGAAAGUGGAAGGCCACGUAAAAUGACAGAGCGGGGUCAGCCCAUGCUGAAGCUCACAGUGCGCAGAAGUCACCAACUGUCUGCAGAGUCAAUAGCUAAGGAACUCCAAACUUCUUGUGGCCUUCAGAUUAGCACAACAACAGUGCAUAGAGAGCUUCAUGGAAUGGGUUUCCAUGGCCGAGCAGCUGCAUCUAAGCCUUACAUCACCAAGUGCAAUACAAAGCGUUGGAUGCAGUGGUGUAAAGCACGUUGCCACUGGACUCUA